AUGAGUGACAAGCGCAUAAAAGAAGGCUUGUUUAUUGGGGGGUUAGUAGGCUGUUUUGAGAGAUGGAACGUUGGUUUUGAAAUGUUCGUUUGAGGAAAUUGGAAGUAAUUUUGGUCUGUAUGACGAACUCUACAGUGCCUUACAACUACAAUUGAGUAAUUUUUGCAAAACUUGGGGUAUCUGGAGAUGAUUGUUUUUUGGAAAAGCCAAGUACUUUACGUGAAAGCAACAAAUAAAUUAUUAAAAAUCAGCUUGGAAUAUCGUAUGUUUAGGCAUCAAACUGAAGUGGAUUUUUAUUAAAUUAUGUUUUUUCAAUGUUAUGGACUUCCCUUAUGAGUGCUGCACUUUGGGAACUUUCGUUGUAAAACUGAAAUUAGAAAUCUAACGAUUUCAAUGUUUGCUUUACAUAAGCUACCGUUUUCUUCAUUGACCGCCUCUCCUUACCUUCUCUAAUUCCUUGUUCCCAAAUCACAAUCGAAGCCGUGUCGUAUUUUACAACACCAUCCCAUAACCCCUAAAAAAUCAAUGUUUUAGCUGCCAUGUCGCCAUCGAAAGAGUCACUCUCCAAUCCCAAAUAAAUGGCCAAAUGUUGGGCCGUCCUGGUCUGACAGUCACAUCGCUCCUCCUCUUCAUUGAUCUGGUGCCGUUCUUCGAGUAUUCCACUUGGUUUAUCUUCAUAUCAGUACUACUCUUCAAGUUCUUCGGAGUAAAUCCAAGGAAAUUUACGAUCAGCCCCGGUGAUAGUACUGUUGAGACUGCGGUCACAGUGCAUUUGAUCAAAAUUCCGAAGAAAAAAGUGGAGUUUGUGGAAAGAGUAGUACCAGAGGCGGAGCAGAGCCCAAGUUCAAGUGCAUAUCAGUGCUUCGUUGUGGUGGGUUUUCAUUUUUUUUGGCACUUUUAGCCAGUUUAUGUGUGCUACUUCGUAUUUUAAAAAUUUUCAACGAUUUUCCUUGUCACGUCUUCAAGAUAUUUCAAAUUUAUUCCACUAGCAAUAGGCUUUAUAAUUUCUAAACAAUUUAAGUUCAACUUUUCUUUCCUAUGUACUCUGUAGUAUCAAAAUCCACAAGCAGUAAAUUUUAAACAAUUCUUUGGAGUUUGUGUUUGUUUUAUUCUCCAUUUCUUACACAAAUUAUACAUUGUCAACGACUAAAAAUUCUCCUUUCUCUUCCAUUUUCCCAAACUUAAUUUUUCAAUUAUUUUGGACCGCUAAGUCAUCUUGUUUCUGUGCCAAAAUAUCUUCUCCAUCCAUUACAUUCAUUGUGUCCGUAUCUUCCGUCGGGUAUUUCCUUUUCCCCAUUAAUUAUGCAAUGAAAAUGAGAGUAGCCGAAAGUAAUUAAUGAGCUCCCACUCUCCCAAAAAUGGACAUUCACCUGGUUGUACGGGCUGUUUCCAUGGUUACAAUGUUGAAUUAACUGUUUCGGAUAUUGCAUUCAGCUGUCGAGAAAAGUCUUGAAAGAGGGCGGGGUCAAGUCUUUUUUCAGGUGGAAAGAUUGGCCAAAGAAAUGGCCAACGGGCAUUUUAGAGCUUUUUAAGAGGUCUUGAGUAAGAGACAAUUGGGAAAUGAGAGUGUGGAGAGAGAAAUUAGAGAAAAUAAAUGAGGUUUAAGAAAAUGGGCGGAGCUUAAAGCUUGAAUGGACAGAAAAGGGCUAAAAUAAAAAUUUUUGGAUCCAAAAUGAGAGAUAGUGUAAAAUAGAGAGACUGCAGAGUUCAAAACUUACCUUUAGAUGCCUUCUUGACCCUAGAAUGGAGUAUAACAGUAAAAAUUCCAAUUUUUUGGACUGUUCGAAAAAAAAUUACGGUGAUUGCAUAAAUUUUAAUGACAAAAAAUUAUACAUUGACCUCUGACUUACAAUUCGACCUUAAACAAUAAAAAAAUUGUAAAAAACUUUGCACCCGGACAUUACACUAGACCUUUAUUCCUCAAUUCAAUUCUCCUUUUAUCCCCUUCAAACAUGGUCUCCAGAACCAGAGAGACAAUUACCAUUGGAGAGUCCAUAAAAGGCAUGCAGACACUUCUUUUCGGACAUUCAAAAUGGCCUCAAGCAAAAGAAAGGAGUGUCAAAAAUUAGAAUACUUUCUUUUUUCGAUACCUGCGACUGAGAAGGGAGGGCGCGCGGUAUUUGAAUAAGAUUGGAGAGCCCGGUUAAAGCCCGCUCGAGGGAAUUAUUCGGGUUUAAGUUGGCCAAUUUCAUUGUUAGGAGAGAAAGGGUUGUUUUCAAGGGGGUUUAGGGGUGUUUUAUAGUUACUUUUGAAAAAGUGGAAUUGUGGUUUGAAGAAGAAUUGGGCUAUUUUAUGCAUUUUAGUGCUAUUUUAGAUGACUUCGAUAGUUGAAUUUGUAUUUUACGGCGAUUUUUUUUGGCAAUUCUUACCAUUCUUGCUUUUAUCUCGCGCAGAUUAAAAGAUCUCAAUUUUGUGAAUAAUUACAGUACUCAUAUAUUCAGAAGACCACCUUAGCUUCAAAUUAAAAGCUUGGAGUAUUCAAUUUCCAUCUUUAAUCUUUUCCAUCACAAUUUUACCAUCAUCAACGCCUGACCUACUCCACAACAUUCGAGACCUCAAAACUUCACUUCAGUAAUAUUUGAUAUUAUCGUCAUAUCUUCGGCUAAACAGAAGACGCUACAAAGAAUCAGGCCAGCGGAAAAUAGCCAUAAAUCAUCGAUUUUUUCUGGAAAUUUCGACAUUUCUUCAUUUGGAGCAAGAAAAAAUUGAUGACACAAAAUUGAAGAAUCUUUAAGUGAUUUUCAUAACUUUAUACUGCCAGAAACAAUCAGCAUUACUUUUUCUCGCCUUGUGGACGUAACGGAAUCCAUUGCCAGCUCGUAAUCUUACGUAAUAAUUGGUUCUAUCGACAACUUUGAGCUUCUACGCAUAAAAGAAGCUGAUAACUCAAAACCGAAAGUUUUUUGACGAUUUUAACCAAUUUUCUACUGCCAAGCCGUGUUCUAGUUACUCGGAAGACAUCACGGAGUCUACUGCCAACUCUGAAGAAUCAAAAACCAAUAACUUUUCUACCGAAAUUCACGAGUUUUUUCUCUUGUGACAGACAUCUCUGAUGACAUAAAAUUGAAGAUUUCAACCACUUUCAAACAAUCUACAGAUAUUCCAACAUCAGCUACAGUAUCUACGGAAUCAACAUCAUCCAAUCUUCUACAUAUAUCAUCGUAUUUCGGCCUCCGAAUUCGACCAUUUUAUCGUUUUUUGGCCCAUUCUUCUUGCAGACGAAACAAAACCGAAAAAAACUACUCGAUAAGGAAGAAUUAUUUCGCUGAAGCCGCAAAAAAAUGUCAAAGCAACAAGUGAGUGUGUCAAGCUCCUUUCUCUCGCUUUUUUGUGCCCUCCGGUCAAAGGAUUUGGCCAUUUUCUGUGGCCCUUCCGAGUUUUUAAACGGAUUUUUUCAUUUGCCAAAUGAAAAAAAUAAUUUCCGUGGGAGAAAUGUGAAUAAAACCUCGGGCUUUUCUUCGGCCAUGUACACUUUUAUGAGCAGGCGGGCUAAAUAUAGUUGUAAAGAGAGUAAUUUUACACAUUCGUUUACUCUUUUUUUGAGGUCUGGAAGUAAUGAAAUUAGGGGGAUUGUAACAUUUUGGAGGAAAGGGCAAGAAAUUAAAAGUAAUCACGGAAAGGAAAAGUGGUAUAUAGUAAAACAAUUAGUAAUGAUGAUGAAAUUUGUGAGUGGGGUAUUGUUAUAUGUGUACAUAACGACUCGUUGUUAGGAUAAAUAAAUUUGGGGAUGUUGAAAAAAUUUUACAAUUAGGGAUGUAAAAGGUGGGAAAAUAUUAGGUUGGGUUUUUUAAACUUAAGGUAAACUGUAUAAAACCAAGCAUUUUGACUCCAAAAUCUGUGGUUUAAAGUUCCGUUUUGAUAGCAAUAUCCCCUUACUUUUCUAUUCAUGUUCGAAAAAAUAGUUGUCAGGAAAUGAAAGGCAAUCCAAUCCAGUCUUUUCGGAGCUGUUUGACAUGGGGUUUACGUUCUCAUACUGGGUAAAAAACGGGCUACGAAAGGAUCAAAAAUUACUCUUGCUCAUAAACGGAAACAUAAUUUUCGUAAGGUUUAUGGUUAUUAAAGAAAUAGCCUUUGAGUUUAAAAGUGGGGUAAAAUACGAAGUGAAGGGUAGAAAGAAAUUUAAAAAAAUUGUCAAUUUUUUAUAGCUAACUUUCAAAUAAGACUUCAAAAUUUAUUUUAGAGAAAUUUUUAAUGAAAGUUCUACCAAAGCCCUUCAAAAACAACUAUAAAAAAUUAGGAUCUUUUUUAUAGCGCUAUUUUUUCAUUAAGCUAAUUUUUUGGUCCUCGGGGAUUUUUUUUUAUUUUAGGAACCCUACGAAGAAUGUUUCCCUUGUUUUCCCAUUACCACUCACCUUUAACAUGUCGCUGUGACAAAAAACCUACAACAACAACGCACCAUCAAAAAGUCCACUAAUUUUUUUUUAUAAACUCUUCAGUACCACAAUUUUGAUGCAUUGGCCCUAAAAAUGUUGUCGAUUUUAUAUAUCCGGCGUCCAUAUCCGUUCUCCGAAAGAGGGCCAUAAACCAUUUUAUAGCAAAAAAUUCCAUUUUGAUGACUUUUUUGGAGGCAAAAUGUUGUCGUAGUUUUUGUUUCCCGUUUUAGUAAUCUUAUUUAUUUGCUCUUCAUAAGUGGUGCGGCGGUAAAUAUUUUGGGCAUUGUUCGAUUAUUUUCACAUUACAGAGGGCUUUUACCCAGCAAAAUGGGGAGUUUUUGAUAUUUUUCGGAAUUAUUUUGAAAAAAAUUGAGAAAUUAUAGAAAAUCCGUCGUCCUGACAUAAUAAAUUCAGAGCAUAGAAUAAUUGUGCAGUAAAAACAGGAUUAGAUUACUUGUGUUAAAUUACUAGAACUGGCCCCCAACUUUAGAAGCCUACCAGAUAUUAGAGGAAAUUCCAGAAAAUCCGUCAUGAUGACAUCUUUAUUUUUACUAUCCAGAAACAGCUUUUGAUUUCAUUUUACUCUGCCCGCCUUAGUUUGAGCAACUAUUAUAUCAUAAUCAACAGCACCGUUACUAAAUCGAGAUCUUAUUCAUCGCGUCAGAUCUGAUUGUCAACCAAUUUCAGUUACCUCAGCCCUUCAUUGCCUCCAAUGUCCUAUUGCAUUGAGUGUAUCAUUUAGAGAAUGUUCCGUCAUUCUCCACUUGUAACCGAAAACAAUUGUAAAUUGUAGGCGAGACGUCGAAAAGGGGCGGAGCCAAGUGGAAUUACUACUUAUGCUACUUUUUACACCGAAUGUCGGAUUACUAUUCGAUCUUGUAAGAAGCGGACGGGUUUGGCCUGGAAUUUGAGUUGAUCUAACAAUUUUCUGUGCGGUUUAUAUCGUUGUUUCUUGAGACUUUUCGAAGGCGCGAUAUGUCGUAUUUUAUAAUACAACGCUAUAGCUAGACUCCAAAAUUAAAGGACACAGGAAAAAUGCCUCGUAUUUUAAAUUCUUUCCACUUUUUCCCAAAAGUUUCCGAAAAAAUCAAGCUUUUUGAUGAUUUCGACAAAAAAAAAUUAUUUUUUUUUCGUAUUUUAGAUCGUUAAUGCAACUGAAAUUUGUAAAGAAUUAGAGAAGACGGCCGUUACCUCAUUUUAGAAAACAGGGUCAACGGCAGCAAUCGCAUUUUACCCUUUUUGCAAUCAUUUUUCCAGAGUCAUUUUUUCGAUGACUUUGAUAAACGAAUCAAUUUCUUUGUUUUUAGGCCAAGUACGUAUCGGAACUUUAUCGAAAAAUCGAGAACGACCGUUUUCUUAAAAACAGAUACAACUACUGGACUCUUAUUUUUACUUUUUUAGAACAAUUUCUUUUCAAUUUUUUGGGAAAAACUCAAGUUUUUGCUGCUUCUAGCCCAAAAAAGUAGAUUUUUGCGCAAAAUAUCUUUACUAAAAAUACGAAACAGACUCUGUUUUGUCUAAAUAUCUAUAUUAUUAACCAACUUUAUACCUCUUCCAGCCUUCAAAGGUCAUUUUUUUAAUCCCAUCCGUCUACUUUCCCUUUUUCUCUCUUCCCUCUCCGAUUUUUCCUUGAUCCUUUUGCAGAAUCCAAUUUUUAUUUGUUUGUUUACCAGUGAAAGGUACAAAGUUGUUUUUCUCCACCGUCCCUUUCGCUUACAAACGUUCGUAGUUUUUUGUGUGGGAAAUUUUUUAUAGAGCAAGAGGAAAAAUAACAAUAACCCUUGAAUCUCGCGCUUCCCAAGCAAGAGGUUUGUUCGAAAAAAUUGUUUUGACGGGGAAUUUAAUUGGGGAAUCUGCUUUUGCGGCUUUUUUUGGUUUAUGCGGUUACUUUAUAGUGGAAAAACAGUAAAAGUAGGGAGUUUGAGGUAACAUACGAACAAUUUACAUAUAUUUUUUGUUAUAUUAUGUAGCUAGAGACAAUCUAAGACUAUUUUUGGCCGUAUCAAACCAAAAAUUUUUAAAUUCCCGCCAAAAUAAAACAUUUUUGGCAUUCCGUUGCAAUGGCUAAAUUUGACCCAGAUUGCUAAAAUACGAUAAAAUAAGCCGUUCCUAUCCUUCCAUAUCAAAUAACAAAUCGUUUUAGCUAUAAAGGUCAACAACAAACCAUAAAAAAUAAGAGUUUAGCUGAUACUGGUCUUUCUGUGGACCCUCUUCAAAUUCUCUAGCCUCUCACCUUCUCAAUUCACAUAAUUUAUCCCAUCUAAUCCCUAAUCUUUUUAGCGCUCCGAACGGGUCCGAAUUGCUCAACCAAACCGUGCCUUAACCUCAAACCGACGGAUUAUGUCGGCCCAGAACUUGCUCACCACAAAAAAUGAUUCGUUUUACAGUUAUGACCAUUCAUCGAUGGAAUCGCUGCCAGCAGUGGGGAGUCUCGACCCCGUUGGUGAGUAA